GCGAGCUAUACAAUAAUGUACGGAUAUGUCAUUACCUCCAUACCACAUAUAUUAUAGUGGAUUCCCUAAUCAAAACGAUUCUUUUUUUUGCAGUGUACAUUUAGCCAAGGAUGUCAGGAGUCAUGCUUAACCUGUCUCACAGUGAUGAGCCCAGCCAUGACAGGACCAAAGACAGACCAGCUGGCAAUGCCAAACACAGACGUUUCCUCAAAAAAAGACGGUUCCUGGAGCAGAAAGGACUUUUACGGGAUAAACAAAACUCUUUCAAGAAUCGGCAAAAUCAGCAGAAUUUCAAAAAAUCCCCCAAACCAUGGAAACAGCCACAGCCAAAACAGGGUGAAUGCUCCUCACAACCUUGCCCGGUUUUUCCCAAAUUCGUCUCCGCUCAGCCUGGACUGUCCGUGACGAGUUCUACCUCCGCACACACAUCCUCAGUGAAAAAUAACCUCGGCUCAGGCAACGCCAAGAUACUCAGUUCUCGCCCUUCUUCAGCCGCUUUGACCUCUGCUCAAGGAAGCGCAGUGUGUUCCGCCUCUCAGAGUCAAACCUUGCCCGCUCUGCCAUCUCUCAAAGCGUCUUCGCUUUUUGGCAACCCCCUAAAAUACGUAGCAAUGGACUGUGAGAUGGUGGGAACCGGCGAAAAGGGAAGACACAGCGAAUUGGCUCGCUGUAGCAUUGUGUCUUACAGUGGAGAUGUCGUGUAUGAUAAGUAUAUUAAGCCCGUCAAUCCAGUCACUGACCUUCGCACACGGUUUAGUGGUAUCCGUUGGCACCACCUACGCAAUGCUACACCUUUUCCGCAAGCCAAAAAGGAGAUCUUGAAGAUCCUGUCAGGGAAGGUAAUAAUCGGACAUGCCAUCUACAAUGACUUCAAAGUCCUGUCUUACUCUCACCCCCCUUCACUUGUUCGAGACACGUCGCACAUCCCCAUUCUCAAUACGAAGGCGGGUCUUUCAGAGGAUCAACCAGCCUCCUUAAAGAAACUCACUAAAGCCCUCUUUAAUAAGGACAUCCAGGUGGGGAGGAAAGGUCACUCCUCUGUGGAAGAUGCCAAGGCCACCAUGGAACUCUACAAACUAGUAGAGGUGGAGUGGGAGGGAAUACUGGCCUCAAAUUCCGUUUCCCAGACACAACAGAGGCAACAACGGCAGUGAUGAAGACAAUAACGAGAGAUUGUGGAGGGUUUCUGGCCCGCUUGUCAAUGCAGGGUGAUGGGGAGUGAGAAGAAUCUCCCAUCUUUUAAACAUGUUUAAUAUUGUUUCUUCUGUGGAUGAACUGAUAACCUUCUGGUGCCACAAGGGGGCUCUCAAACUUCUGU